AUGAAAAGAAAAGAAAGAAGUUAGAGUAGACUUUGAAAACUGGUGAUCGAUGCCAUUUCUUCGUUCUCUUUCUGCACUAACCUGGAUCCCGCACCAUCCGGGGACAUGGAGCACUCUGUUUCUGGUGGUAAGCACUGAGGUUUGACUUGAGCUCAUGCCGUUGUGACCUUGUCCGUUACCAUUUUUUCACCAGGUGAGCUUUGCUUACAUCCUUACAUCCAUCUCUCUGUAGUGAUAAAUAGGCAAAUAGCUACAACUGAGAUGUUAUCGCAAAAAUAGCUGAACAAAUACUUUAGCUUAGAUAAUGCAAAAGCUGAAUAAAACACCUGACACACUUAAAACAUCUUUCCUGUGUCCGAUCAGCAAAUAUCCCAGAACAGAAGCUUCGGUAAGCCUUUGGCAUAGAUGCGUUGCCAAUCAACAAUAUCUGUCCUAGCCGAAAGGCUCUCUUAUCUCCUGUGCUUUAAGGUUUAUACUAAUAGUGGUAUCCUGUAUUCCAUUGAAUUGUGUCAGAGAGAAGAAUCAUUAGUUAGUGUAGUCUCCCACUCCACCUUAAGAUUCCACACUAGUGUAUGCAUUGCUUAAUCUUCACGCGAUGUUUUUCGUACCUAUACCAUUUUGUUAGCACAAGGCUUGUCUUAAGCCCUUUUUGUUUUUUGGCAUUGGGCCAGCCAUGGAUUCCUUCUCACAUAGAUGGCUUGCUGUUUCCGUAUACAUUGGAGAGCAGGCUUGGUGAUGAUGGAACUGAAGCGCCAACCGCGCUUGGUCUAAGGCUAGGAGGAAGAGGUGAUCCCAAGAAACAAGAGGAGACAUCAAGCAGAUUGUAUGGUACGGCUGCCCUUGCCCAGAUGGCUGAUCCUUUGUCCAUAGUGGACAACAUCAUCCAACUGGUGCUCGCGAUCAAGAAAGCCGUGGAAACAGUCCGUGAGAACAAGGAUGAAUGUGUUGACAUUCAGCGCCGCGUGCUCAGAAUCAAGAUUCUACUAUCGCUACUGAAGAAAUCAGAGAUGAUGAAGCACCAAGCGAUGAGCGAUGCACUGGAGGACCUCGGUAAUGCUCUGUACCGUGCCCUCGAGGUCGUCAAAGCCUGCCAGGCGAGGAACAUCCUGUGUCGGUUUUGUGCAUCCGGAAAACAGGCGAAGAAGUUGCGCCAGGUUAGGGGUUAUAUAUCGGAGACGAUGAUGGUGGCCAUCUUUGCAACCAAUAUUGUCGUCUAUGUCGAGUCAGAAAGUCAUGAUAGUGAUGGAGAACCUGAUCCCUUCUCUGAACAUCUACCAGCAUCCCCUCCUCUUUCCAUUGUUGUUGGUGAGGAUCGACUUUCUCCUUCGCCUGCACAUGCAGCUCCUUCUACUUCCAUUAAUGUUGUUGAUGUCUCUGAUUCUGAUCUAUCUCCACAUUCACCUAAACAACAACUAUCCCCUCCUCCAACAGUUCCACCCCCUGCUUUAUCGGAACAUCUACAUUCUCAUUUAUCUACAAAACAACAACAACAACAAAAAAGAAAACACCCAUCGCCACCUACUUCUCCUCCUUUUUCCAGACAUAAACCUCCUUAUCCACCUACAAAACCACCACCAUCACCACCACAUCCUCCUCCUGCAAAAAUAGCUCCUCUUUCGAACCAUAUACCUCCUUACCCACCUACACAGCCACCAUUACCGCCACUAUGUUCUUCUCUUUCAGAACAUCUGCCUCCUCAUACACCUACACAGCCACCACCUCCUCCUCCUAUAAAAAUAACUUCCCCUUCUCCUCCCAAGCAUCUACCUUCUCAUCCAACAACACAACCACCGGCGACACCUACUCCCCAUCCCCCUACCUUAAAAAUUGGUCCUACUCCUUUUGAAUAUCUACAUCCUCAACCCAAAAUUACAAAGUCACUACCUCCUCUUCCACCACCACCACCACCACCACCACCUCCACUUUCUCCAUCCCCUCCUCUUCACCCUUCUAUUCCUUCAACAACAGCUCCUCAUCUUCCUUCAUGUCUACAUCAUCCUCAUACAUCCACACAUCUACCCCGUCAUUCACCCACACAGGGUACAAGCAAGAUUUUUGUCCCUGCUUCUAUCUCAUCAGCUCUUUCAACUGACAAUGUUAGAAAGCAUUCACAUUUGCUGAGUGGUAGUGAUAAAUCGGAAGAGAAAUAUGAGAGAAAAGAAGCACCAGCAAGAAGCAGCACGGCAUCUUCUCGCUUACCAGGCUUAACAAAGUUCAGUUUGUCUAACUUGAAGGCCGCUACACAUGAAUUUUCAAAUGGGAAAAUGAUUGAAUCAAAUGACUGUACUGUCUAUGAGGGUGAAUUGCAUGAUGGAGUCAUGGUUACUAUCAAGAAAUUUCGAAACCCACCGCGAAGUCUUGUGGCACGAUGGAAUGCUAAGCUUCAUCUUGCUUCGAAGCUUCAAAGCAAGGAUGCGGAGGCUCUAGGGAAUAACAAGUAUAUAAUCAGAGUUCUGGGAUAUGGCCACGAGUUCUUAUGGGGGCAUGAGUCUCUUGAACCUCAUUAUUUCCUAGUCGAAGAAUACUUGCCAAACGGAAACAUGGGCGGCGUUAUUUAUGGGUCUCAAUCUGUUAAUUGGUCCUCCCGCUUUCUGAUAAUUCAGGGAUUAGCCCACGGCCUACAUUACCUACAUGAACAAAACAUUGUCCAUAUGAAUGUGAAACCAGCCAACAUCCUCUUGGAUUCUGAUAUGAAUCCAAAGUUAGCUGAUUUUGGAAUAGCUAGAACGUUGAAGCAACCGGUGAUUGAAGACGACAACAUAGCAGGCACAGUGGGUUAUAUGCCUCCUGAAUAUAUCUUGGAAGGUACUUUGUCGAUGAGGUACGAUGUGUACAGCUUUGGUGUAACCCUCCUUGAGACUAUUAGUGGCAUGUGCAGAGAUGCACCUGCUCGACACCAUGCUUCAGUUCCAUGGGCCUGGAAUAUGCGAGGAAGUAAACAAAUGGAGGAUCUAUUUGACCUGUCCUUGUACAAGGAAUCUCAACUAACAGAGAUAAAGAGGUGCUUGGAGAUAGGACUACUAUGCACUCAAUUUGAGCCGGCCAAGCGUCCUACCAUGGCGGAAGUUCUUGACAUGCUUAAUGGCAAGAAACAGUUAGCAACUCCCAAGCAACCGGAAUACACCAAAGGAAGGGGCACAACCGCAGAAGGUGCCAUCCAUAAGACCAGAAGUGGGAGUUGCCACUGUGCUCUGUGCAGGGACAAGGCUCGAUGAUUUGUGAUCGAAGGGAGAGAUGCUGCCGAGGGAUCCGCCGUGUUUGCCAUCAGUGAUGGGGAGCCCGCUCUUGUGCCUGAUGGUCUCGCACUUCUCAGGCGGCCGCAAGGUGUUCGUGGGAAUGCUUAUCUAGUCCUCCACUCCUUUUCCGGCGCCGUGCUCAAAUUGGAGGAUGUAUGUAGUCGAGUAGGCCACUGCCUCUCAUUGGAAUUCUGAACUGACAAGGAUCGUGCAUUCCCAAUUUGCCAUGACGAGGUGCGGGCUUGCAUUGCUUAGCUACUCCAGUCUCAAGUGCAGUCUGGAGGAAAGCAUGUCCGUGAUUACCAUGAUCAGAGGAGACGGUGAUUCACGCACCAGAUUCCCUGGGCUCUUUGGGGGCAUUCUCUGAUGCUGCACCAGGUUUCGUUGCUCUGUUUGAGGUGUAAGUUUCUGCAUCAUUUCGUUGUCGUAUCAUUGACUUGGGUCCUAGAUCAUGACUGAGCUAAGGAUAAACCCAGACACUGGCAAAGUAUUGUUCCGCGCUCUCAUAUGAAAGCUGUGCUUUCGAAUUCACAUCAUUCUUAUAUUCUAAUCAGAACACAAUGCGUGUUGACAGUCUUGCAUUCAUACAUGAUGGUUACUCGACUGAAAAUGAAGGAUGCAGUUUCUUGUACGCGGCCGCAAGCUACCUAAUCUGCGGUUCCUUAACAUGAGAACCAAAAAAAUGGGCUCCAUUGCUAAUCCAAUUUUUUAUGGCAUGUUGCCUUCAGUGUGGGUUUAUGUAGUGCCAGUUGAGAUAUCAAAGUCCAUCUCAUCAGAAAUGGAACACGCCAGGAAAUGCAAUACCUGAUGUUUGCGAUGGGCUGGCUCUGGAGACCACCACCAGCAUAAAAUUGUGAACUGGAGUAGGUCACCACGGUCAGGCUUUUUUAUGAAUCCUCAACUUCUCAUAAUACAACACGCAUUAGUUCUACAGAUUGCCUCAGCAGAUUGAAGGAUCAUCAAAGUAAAGCUAAGGACAGCCCACAAGAGGGGGGGAAAGUAAGAAGGUAAGAGAUGGCGCUGUGGGGGCAGGCUGCCAACAUAACACAACCGAUUGGGGUGGACUUAUUUGGGCUGAUCAGCAUGAUCGAGAAGUCUGCACGGACAGUCUGCCGGAAUGAGGAGGCGUGCAGACAGAUAUCUGACCGUGCUUCUAUGAUCAGGGAUCGGCUGCAACAGUUACAGCAAGUCUCGAGAUUCUUUGAGCACCCGGAGAUGUGGAAGCCAACACAGGGACUUAAGGCCACCCUCGGCAGAGCAUACAGGCUCAUCGUGGAGUGUCAGCGUAGCAGCUACACGUACAAGUUCUGCUGGGGCUCUGAUAUUGCCGACGAGUUAGAAUCGGUGCUGAAGGAUAUGGAUGCCUGGAAUCAGCAUCUGACUAAUGUCAAAGUGGACAUCCUGUUCAAUGCAUUCACAGUCAUUGUCACACGGGACUUGCAUGGGAACAGAAAUACCAUCAAGCAGGAUGGUGCUCAUGUACCUACAGUGGGGUCAUCUUCUAGUCAUUUGAACAACAAUGACAGGGGAAAACUGAUUGGUGAUUUAGGACAGUUUCAACUGCUAGCAGAGCCUCACAUAUUUAUGGUAGAAGGGUACUUGCCGGCAGACUUAGAUUGCAUUUUCUGCAUGCCUUCAAGAUACCAUUGAAGAAUUUUCAAUAAAGAAUCAAAUAUCCAGGUGCUGCUGUUGGUGUCCCAACAUUUGCUACAGAAUAACAGGUCUUACAAAGUUUAGUUUCUCUCGGUGCAAGUGACAAAUCACUUCUCACUGGACAGUAACAUCGGAUUCGGUGGCUCUAGCUAUGUUUACAAGGGCCAACUAAAAUCAGGAGUCGAGGUUGCAGUCAAAAGAGCAUCAUAUGAAGGGAAAAUUCCAUUUGAACAUUUUAAAAACGAAGUUGAGCUAAUUCCGAAGCUUCAGCAUACAAAUAUAGUUAAGCUUCUUGGAUAUUGUAUC